AUGACCAGGAAGAAGAAGAAGCCUCUUGUUUUCGUGACUAGUCUCGUUGAGACAGGAGGUAUUUGUUCUUUUCAAAGUUAUUACCUCAAGUCAAUCUCGCCAAUUGCACCGAGAACACGAUAA